AUGGAAGCAGUAACCAAAUGCGCAUCUUUGAUUGCCUAUCUCGAGGGCUGCCAUCAGCUUCGGCUGCCAGGUGAUGCUCACGACCUUUCGGUGUCCAACAUCCAGAAACGCAUCGUCGUUCUCGAACGGGCAGCCGGCAUAGCCCCGCCUCCCCCCUUGGAAGCAUCGUCUUGGAAUGGCCUCGUGUGGCGCGCGUGGCAAGUGCGAGCCAAGAGCGCAAGAUUCGGCCGCCAAUCUGUCGCUGAGGACGUCAGGCAGCAUGCAGACAUGGUGGAGGACGACUGCACUCUAGCGAGUCUAUGGCCUGCGGUCGACGGCCUUGGCGCCGGUCUUCCGACGCUGCAGUGCCCAGGCUGCGAUGGCAGCGAGGCUGGUGCCGGGUCGCAGCAGCAGGAGUGCCUGGGAGCCAUGGUCCAGAAGCUGGCAUACAUCGCCGGCUCGCUCCGGCGGCCCUUUCCCGACUAUCCCUGGACGACGGCUCUCGUCUACGCAUAUGCGGCCGAUGUAUCUUUUGCCAAGGCCAACAGUCUAGGCUACGCUCGCAUAUGGAACACUCCCGGUCGCCGGCUCCCGGAAAAUCGGCAGGGUGAUGGUGUUCCUCUUGGAGUCUACAGGGUUUCUGAUGCCGAGAGUGGCAAUGAGAAGACGCGCAAAGUGAAGCGGAAACCAUCGUUGGAAAACGUUCGCAGCUUUUAUAGCGGCCGGCGUCGGCGUCGGUCUACGUGGGCGAGCAGGCUGCUUUUCUGGCGCUCGAGAAAGACAAGGGUGGGCAGCGACAGUUCGUCUUCCAGCAGCCAGGGAAGUCGUUGA